GUCUGUGCGACUCCUCCCGCUCUGCCGGCCAUCACGCGGGCUGACAGCCAUGGAUGUCAACCAGCCAAAGCAGGAGCAUUUGCUGGCUCUGAAAGGUCCUGUUUUCCACUGAUCUUUGCAUCGUGGGGCAAGGAAAUUCUUGUAAAUAAGAUGUUUCAGUCUAGAUACGAGAAUCCUUAUCAAGAGACUGUUUUCCUAAGAAUCACUGGAUUCCUACUGUUCAAGCAUGGAAGUGGUCUUGCACUAUCGACCACAUCAGAGAGAUCUAAUAAAAUUGCACAAAUUUGCAGAAGCAGCAGUGAAGGAGUUUCCUAUUCGCCAAUUACCAAGAUUUGCACCCUGGUUUCCAAAUAAUUUACACAGACUUCCCCUCAAACCAAAACAGCAGGCACCUGUUAUUUCUUGUGAAGAAGUGGAAGAAUUGAAACAGCUUUCUACACCUUCAGAACAUGUCAUAGGAUCUCCUGAUUAUGACUGCACUAAAAAUCUCCUUGAGUUUAACUCUAGCAUGAAGCAUGGUCCGACUUUAAUCCAAGCACAGGCUGUUCACAGACCAAUUAACUUGGACUAUCAAGAAGAACCACCACCUAAUGGGAAACAAAAAUUGAAAAGGUCUUGGAGUGUCUCUCUCCCUAGUGCUAAAUUCAAAGAAAAGAUUCAUCCUUUAUCUCAAGAACUGCAGAAUAAUUUGGAAAGACUAAAGCUGCAUGCAUUUUGUAGAGCAAAGUGGACAAUUGAACAGUCUGUUUGUAAAAACCAGAAUUUGGAGGACAUAUGGAUAAAAUUGAAUAGACUGAUUAAACAGAAUGAAUUGCCAUCUUGCAAUGCUACUAUCCAAAGAUCUGUGGGACAGAUAUGGAUUUUCUGUGAUAUAUUGUACUGUGAAUAUGUUAGAAAUAUUCUUAGGGAAAAGCUAAGCCUUACAGAUAAAAUGAAUUUGCUUGUACAUAAAUAUGGAAUUAUAUUUCGUUUAUAACUUAAGAUACAGUUUAAUAAUAAAAUUACUGCCAGGAAUACUAGAGUUUUUAACCAGUUUAGAAUAUAGAGACCUUAGAAUAACUGAUAAAUUAAUGGUAAGAAAACUAUUUAGAUUACUUUGCUAGAGUUUUCUAACUAUGAUAUAUUUCUUUAACUUUGUUUUGCCUCAGGACUUAUAGUUCUGUUAAGAUUAGUAAGUUUCUGUUUGGCUUAAUACUGCAUUUUACAGCUUUUCUCUACAUUGGUGGUCUAAAGUAAAAAAUUAAAGUAAAAAUUACAAACUAUUGUGGCAAGCUAUGUCAGAUAAUGAAAUUAAUUCUUUCAGUUAAGGAAAGUACAUCCUCUCUGCUUCAUUGGAAUUAGGAGAAGCAAAGAUGUUUUUAAAUGAGUUGUAGUAAUUGCUACAAUAGCUGUAACUGACACGAAGAUUUUCAAGAUCUGAUUAUUUCCUGAAGGUAAUCUGUGAGGUUUUUUAAUGAAGGCAUAUCCCUCCCAUGAAGUACAAACUUACUUUAUGUGGGAUAUGUGCACUGUCUUAGUAAUGUUAGCUAUAUUUUCACAGAAAUAUUGAUAGCUUUAGUGGAAGCUGUGGGCUGAAAAAUAACGAACAACUUAAUUGCUGUUUUAUGCCUUUGAUAAUUAUUUUUUUCCUGAUGUUUCUGUUUUUUUGUCCCUAAUUGUAUUUGAGAACAAGAAAACACUAGCUUCCAGCUAAAAGUGAGGAAAUUAAGAAAUGAGAUUUCUAUCUGGAACUUCUUGUUUGUUGUCUUUGAGAAUUUGAAUGCCUUUUAUGGUCAUAAAAGGCUGAGUUCAGCAUGACAUUUUGUCUUCUGAAAUAAUGAAGUAUUCCAAGGUCAUGCUGUUCCUGCUCAAUUGAGACUUUGGAGGGUCAGUAGAGAAGUUAAACUGGGAUCAAUAUGACUGCAAGGUUUUGCAUUUGCACUGCUUCUAAUUCUAGAUAGUUUUGCUGUAGCUGGAGGUCAAGGUCUGUAGCAUCUGGAAAAGGGGGAAAACAAGUGUUUAACAUUUAUAGGUUGUUAAAUUGUCAUUAAUGCCGCUCACACCAGUGUACAUAAGCAUAAGAGAGAUCCCUCUGUAAAAAGAAAGUAAAUUCCCCUUAGACUUACAUUUUUAUGGCAUCCUUAUCUUGAAUAAUUAUAUUUUAUUAUAGGUAUUACUUUUUUUUUUUUUUUUUUAAGAUUAGAAUUGCUCCAUUUGAGUCAUUGACAUGUAGUUUUAAACUUUGACUGAAUUUUAAGACAUUUGUAGAUGUCUUAUAUUGAUGUUUGGGGUGUUUGUGACAUAUAAUAUGACCACUUAGCAAAAUUGAUGCAAAAUGCUAUCUAGACUGUGUUAUAACUGCAUUAUAACUGAGGGUUAUUAUUAGUUUUAAAGCUUAUAUAGCUACAUUUUUUGCUGACAUUAUAUUUCUGAGCUUAACAUUAACAGUAGCAACAUAUUUCUUUGUGCAUCAGCAUUUUUGGAGAUAAAAUGAAGUAAAAUGCAGUGUGAUUUGAGUUCUAUUUAAUGUGUUUUGUGUCUAGGAUCUUAGAAGAGAUUAUAUAUUUAAUAACAUUAGUAGUCCUAAUAAAUGAUAAUACACCUAUCAUAGUUUGUUUUGACUUCAUUGUGUGAUGUAUUUAUUUAUUUUCUGAAACAUGACUUAAUUCUUUCUUUAGAAGCAGUCUAAAGAGAAGCAAAUACUAGUUAGAUAAAUACUAGAAGUAUUUAGAAGCAAAUACUAGUUAUACAGACUUAGUGAGAAUUUAAAUAAAACUAGAUAAUGCUGAUAAUACAGUCCCACUAGAUUAAUUUGAUGUACUGACAAAAGAGCUGAACGAACAUUUUACUAAACAGAAGGAGAGAUUGUUGUCACUGUAACGACCAGCUUGGUGCUGCUCUGGGUCGGCUUGUAUGUGAAUAAUAGUAGAUGUACUGCUAGCUGUGAGCACCUUAGCUGGUAACUGUUUUUUAAGAGUAAACACCACCUUUGGCUGCAGAAUUACUGCAGUCUUGGUUAGCACCAGUAAACAAGCUGAAAUCCAGGCUUUCAUUUUGUUAUCUUCAAGGAAUGCUUAUUCAUAAGCAUGUGUAAUUCAUUGUCUUUUCUUUUUCAUCUUCAAUGUUGAAUGUGGUUCACUAUUUACUCUGUUUUGUAGAUCUUAUUUUGUUUAAUGUAUUCUGUGAUUAUAAGUCUUCAAUGGUCCUGUUUUUUCAACUUUUCAUCAUUAAGGGAAUGUAUGAUUUUUUUUCAUAUGAAAAGUGAGAAUUGUCUGUGUGUAUGCUGAUCUGCGUAGGUCUGCUUGUGGUGACAUACGCUCUUGUGAACCAAUACAGCCCACUGUAUUCAAAUGUAUGCAUAUCAAAGUGAUUGAAUACUUAUUACCACUGGAAACAGUGAAUGCUGUCUGGACACAAUAGCUGUACAAAAGUACAAUAAAAAUAAACCUACCAUACGUGUA